UGGGGACUUGCGGAAGGGACUGGAAUCGGGGCAUACCCCCUCCAGCCCCCUUCCAUGAGCACCCCCAUGACCCCAGCCAACACCCCCAGCCCUCUGCCCAUCCUGACCCUUGCACCCCCUCACGCCUCCCCAGCCCCCUGCCCUGACUCCUGCAACCCCCCGCACAUAACCAGCCCUCCCUGUGUCCUGACUCCUGCACCCCUCCACAUCCCCAUCCCCAUCCUGAGCACCAAACGGGAGCUCCUGCACCCCCCCUCGUCUCACCAAACAGGAGCUGCCCCAGGAGCUGUUAUUGCUGCCACUGCGUCAAAUGAGUGGAAAGUAACCAGCAGAGCAACAUCAGUUAUCACUGCAACUUGGGUUUUCCAGGGUCUUUGGAUGAACUGCGCAGGAAAUGCACUGGGUGCUUUUCAUUGCAGACCUCAUUUUACCAUCUUCAGACUAGAAGGUUAUAUCCAAGCCUGCAGAGGACUCAUGAUUGCUGCUGUCAGUCUUGGAUUCUUUGGCUCCAUAUUUGCAAUGGUUGGGAUGAAGUGUACGAAAGUUGGAGGUUCAGAUCAGACUAAAGCUAAAGUCGCUUGUUUAGCUGGGAUGAUUUUCAUACUUUCUGGGUUGUGCUCUAUGACUGGUUGCUCCCUGUAUGCGAACAGAAUUACAUCUGAAUUCUUUGAUCCUACUUUUAUUGCACAAAAGUAUGAAUUAGGAGCAGCUUUAUUCAUUGGAUGGGCCGGAGCAUCACUUUGCAUAAUUGGUGGAAGUAUAUUCUGCUUCUCAAUAGCUGAAAACAGUAAAUCCCCAAGAAUGGGGUACACAUACAAUGGAGCCACAUCUGUGAUGUCUUCUAGGACAAAGGUCCACAAUAGUGCAGCAGAUUUUAAAUCACCAAAAGGCCCUCCAAAGCACUUUGACAAGAAUGCUUAUGUUUAAUUGUACUGUUCUAUGAUACAAAGCCAGUUUUCAAAUCAGUUUGUACAGUUCAGUCACAGAGUGAUUUCCAGAAGAGUACCAGCAUAAUCACCACCAGGACAAUGAAUUUUUAAAAUAUUAACUUGCAGCAUUUUACAUAUUGAUGUAAAUUUUCUUAUACAAUAUUUUGAAAUUUAUGUUGGUAUUAUACAUAAAUUAUAUAUCUGUAAAUCACUUGCUGUUUUUGCUUUCUACAAAAAAAUAAAUAGGUUAUUUACAGAUAA